AAUUAUAAUCCGGUUCGUGUGUAAACUUCAACUUUUAUAUUGUUGAUUUAUUAUUGCGCGUAUGUUUGCGCUAAAGUAUUGAUAAAAGAAUAAUCUAUAAAAACGCAAUUGAUUUCAAAAAUGACAAAUCGAAAUCGCCAUUGAUGAGUUGGAAACGCGACAAAAACGAGAAAAGGAGUGCAAGGCAAAUUUUGGGCAGGAAAACGGACGCCUCAUCAGCUUAGCCUAAAGUAAUAAGCACAAAGUGAAUACUACGUGUAACAAGUUUACCUUAUUUGUCAAACAAUAUUAAUUGUUAUUAAAAAGAACGCGUGGAUGCUCUUGUGUUUCCACCUGUCCUACACUUCAAGGAUCUGUCUGUCUGUCAAGAAUCUGCAACUGUUCUGAUUUGGGCAUACCUAAACUAGAUGCAUGGUAUUACAAACUGGUGGUCGAAGAUAACAACAAGUGGGCAUGCGCGUCGAAAUGUGGCACACACUGUUAUAAAUUAUUAAAUUUAAGUUAAAUUCGAAUAAUAAAAGCAUACUCACACACCCUUAUAUAUCUCUCUAUAUAUAUAUGAAAAGUUUACGCCGUGUGUGUGUGUGUGUGUGUGUUAGUGUAUAGUGCUGGUGCAACCAUACAAAAAGUGUAGACAUAUCUGUGCUGUGCGCAGACGUGUUUAUCUAAUCGUUACGAAAAGUAUUCAUUGAAAUCAUUUUGCAAUACAAUAAAUUAUCAAUCCGAUUUUUAUCAAGUGAAGUGAAGUGAAGUGAAGUGGAGUGCAGUGUGCAGUGUCGAGUGAAGCACGAACACGAUGGCACGUCAUAUAAUGGCCGUUUGUGUUGUGUGCCUACUGUGCGCCGAUCGUAUUCCUUGUCAGGAGCAUGUCAUCAAUGAUUAUGUGGCGAAUGCUGCAGCCGCCACAGCAUAUCCGCCACCACAUUUCGAAUAUCAACAGUUAAAUGCGCGUGUACACGAACGACGUGACGCUGCGCGCUUUGGUGUAGAUCCGCUAACUGGUGGCGCACACAAUCGUGCUGAUGAACUUGACAUUGAAACAACGAGCAACAACGUACACAAUAAACCACAUCGAAGAAAACGACAUGCUGGUCAUGCGCACGGUGAGGAGACGAGUCACGUCGUGCAACGACCCGAGAUCACAGCGGAAUUCCUGCAGCGCAUAUUUGUUGAGUACGGGCAUAAGGCGGAUGGCACAUUGACGGUGGAGGAAUUUCAGCGCAUACUGAAAAAGCUCGGUUUGAAUCAGCUGAUAGAAGGCGCACCACAACAAAAGCAGCAACAGCAACAAGAACAAACCGCCCAACGUCUACAGCAUCCUGCGGAGGACAAGCAACAGGCGCCCAGUAAUGGCACUUGUGUCACCGAUGCCGCACUAGUCUACCACGUCCAGCCACAUAAAAUUGUUGAACACACACACCCGCAUAUUGAGCACGCCGUGAAUUGCACGGAUUCCAGCGCUACUGAUUGUGCGCAUGCGCAACAAAAUCAUCAAAAGCAUAUAGGGUUGCACGAACAUGCGUCCAAUUAUACAAUAAGCAAAGAUGAUAUGUUGCAUCUGUGUCCAGUUUUGUUGUACCAAAUGGCUUCCCCAUUGAUUGGUGAACGUGACGGUUGCAUAGAUCCCUCGAUACUGGAAGAUGUCGAAGAAUUCGAAGCGAGUGAAUAUGACGCCAAAAAAGAGGAUAUGUUCUAUGUUUGGACAUAUGCAUUUAUUUCUGUUUUCGCAUGUGGCAUUUUGGGACUUGUGGGCGUGGCUAUCAUCCCCUUCAUGGAUUCGAGGUAUUACAAAUACAUAAUACAAUAUUUGGUGGCGCUGGCUGUUGGCACCAUGACCGGUGAUGCAUUGUUGCAUUUACUGCCACAUUCUUUGGCCGGACAGAGCGAACAAAAUAUGAUACUGAAAGGACUCGGCUGCAUGAGCGGCAUCGUUUUCUUCUAUAUGACCGAACAUGGUCUCACCAUGAUCUCGGAAUGGCGCAAGCGUAUCGCCAAGAGCGACACGAAACAACAAUCACGCGCCAAAGUCGUGCGCGAUCCAGACUCGUCGGUGAACAAUUCGGUGGCUGGCGAUAAACUUUGCAAAUCUAAGUACAGCUCAUAUCCUUAUUGCUACGAUGAGAUUGCUAUGGAUACAAAGAACGAUAUGCAUUUGCCCGGCUCCAAAUUGAAUAAUAUAUCCGAUUUGUCGGGUGAAUUGAUGGGCGGCGUCAGUAAUAAUGUGGAGCGCAAGCGCAAUGGCAAGGCGGAUGCUGAAGACAAUGACGCGGUGGCGCAAUCUCUAAUACCUGUGUGGCAUCACAAUCAUCAAGAUCAUCAGCAUCAACAGCCGCCACAUCACCACAUACACCUGCCCGACAGCAAUACGAUUUCAACCGAUCUGGAUGGCAAUUCUAUGGGUGGCGGUGAUGGUCACAGCCACGCUUUGGUCUACAAUCCGACGGUGACCACCAACGGCAAUGCCAAAGAUCAUUCGUUAGUGAGCGAUUCCGUACCCACUGUGAUAUUACGCGAGCAUGAGUCAUCGCAUCAUGGCCACAGUCAUAAGCACGGACACGUACACUCGCCACCGGAAUCGCUAAGUGCUGUUGUCUGGAUGAUUAUCAUGGGUGAUGGCUUGCAUAACUUCACCGACGGCAUGGCAAUAGGCGCUGCUUUCGCUGAAAACAUUGCCGGCGGCUUCUCCACAUCGCUGGCGGUCUUUUGUCACGAAUUACCACACGAACUGGGCGAUUUCGCAAUACUCAUCAAAGCGGGCAUGUCCAUCAAGACAGCGGUCUACUAUAAUUUAUUAACAAGUGUGCUCAGCUUUUUUGGCAUGAUAAUUGGUAUUAUAUUUGGACAGUCGCCAAAUGUAGCACAAUGGAUGUUCGCUGUGGCCGCUGGACUCUUCAUCUACAUAGCGCUUGUCGAUAUGAUGCCUGAAUUGUCAUCGGCACACAAGACAGUGGAGCAAUUCUUAUUGCAAAUAUUUGGCAUGUGCACCGGUGUCGCUAUAAUGCUGCUAAUUGCAUUGUACGAAGGUGAUCUCUUAAGCGUCUUCUCCUCUUCAGCACCAACGACUGCUACGACACACAAACAUUAAUGGCGCAUAGAGCUGCAUGGCUGCAAGCAGUUAUAUAACAGUAAAUAAUAAUAUUAAAAAAAAAAAAUAACCCACCAGCCACAUACUUGAAAUGCCUACAACUUUUGCACAUUUUGUUUACGAAAAGCGUAUUGCAAAAGGCGAAAAGUGAAAAGCGAAAAGCUCGUACAACAACAGCUACGUACAUUGACAAAUUGAAGCGUCGCUCGCAAGUAAAAUGUUGCAUGUACAUUAUAUUAUUGAUGUUUAUAUAUAUUUGAGCAGCAUAACCAAGCUGUGCUUGUGUUUCCAAAAGAUUGCAUCAUGCAUUUUCGCAUAAUUGGCGGAUAAUAAGCGUUUGAAUUGGAUUGGAUUGAAAUGAAUUGCUUGGAUUUCACGCAUGAAAGUGAUUUUGUAUUUAUUCUACGACCAAAUAUUUGUCGUACAUAAUAUAAAUAAAUCAUAUUUUAUUAUUAUUAUGUUUUAUAGCUGAUAAAAAAAAAUGUCAUCAAAGCAAGUGAAUAACUGUAGUCUUAAGCGCAUGAGAAAGUAGUUGAUUAAAAUCAAUUGAAAUGUAAAAUGUGGAAUUUAAUAUUUUUCUAUUUCUUCACACGCUACAACUAAGAUAUACUAAAGAUACCAACAACAACAACAAAACAUUAAACUAAAAAAAAACUAUGGUGCUGCAUAAUUUAUGUAUGCAUGAUGAUAUAUUUAACUACACACCACACUAUACUCGUAUAUGUGUUGGUGUCACUAUAUAGAUAUAUUAUUAUAUACUUAUGUAUAUACAGGAAUAUUUAUUUGUAACAAUUUUUUUUCUUCUAAGCGCAAAAGUUUGAAUUUACACACGAAAUUGCAAACGUUAAAAGCACGCACUUUUACACACAUACACAACCUAUGUCUAUAUUCUAUGCGUUGGAGUGUGCGCUCGCGUGUAUGCUAAACUGUAGGCGAGCAAUUGAAAUUGAAAGUUUUUUCAACUAUAAGUUGCCGUAUAAAAUUCACUAGCUCUUACAAUUUAUAUACUUUUUUUUAUACAACUACAAAGUAAUGAAUAAUGAAUGCUGUAAUAAACUGAGAAGCUGAUGAAACAAAAGAAAAAAUUACAAAAAACCAAAAAGAAAAAAAAACUACUUGUAACCACUGUAAAGAGUGCUAAGCAAAUGCAUACUAUACACACGUACAUAUAUAGAGCUACAUGUAUUUUUGAAAAAAAAAAGUUGUAAAGUGAAAAAACAACAACACAAUGUUAUAUAACACUCAUAGUAUAU